UGGAAUGGAAUCCUUUCUUAUUGACUCACCAUUAGAAGAAAACCGUAUUCGACGUCCGAGUGCAACACUAGCAGCCACUGUAACCGCCGGAAACGGAUUCACGAUCGAAGCCCUAACCUGAAAAUGGGAACCGACAACAAACCCAAGUCCGGCACUGGGAAUCCCGACACCAAGAAGAGGAAGCAACAAUAUCGUCCCAACAACAAAGCAGUGAAGAAGGGUUCAUACCCGUUGCGCCCAGGAGUUCAAGGGUUCUUCAUUACUUGUGAUGGUGGAAGGGAGCGCCAAGCUUCUCAAGAAGCUGUUCAAGUUAUCGAAUCUUUUUACGAAGAGCUACUCGAGGGAAAAGACUCAGAUGUGAAGCACAAAGUCUCAGUGUCACAAAACAAACCAACAAAUAAAAAGAUUAAAUUCACUUAUUCUGAUUCCGAAGAUGACAAUAAUAAUGAUGAUGAAAACAAUGAAAAAGUAGAUAAAGAUUCACUAGUUUCUAAUGAGAAGAAUCAUGAAACUUCUAUCCCUGUUAAAAAAGUUGAGAAUGAAACAAAUGAGAAAGUAGAAGAAGAAGAUAAAAAUGGCAUUGAAGAUGAUGAAACUGAAAAGCAACCAGAAAAGAAACAACGUGUAGAAACAAGUGAAUCUAAAUGUGAAGAAGUUGUGAAAAGGAAAGUGGAGGAAAAGUCUGUUGAUAAGUUAAUUGAAGCUGAACUUGAAGAGUUGAAAGACAAAAGCAAGAGGCGUUUCAACUACCUUGAUUCUGGAUGCAAUGGUGUAGUGUUUGUUCAAAUGCGUAAAAGAGAGGAAGAUCCAAGCCCUAAAGAAAUUGCACAACGAAUGAUAACCACUGCUGCUGAAACAAGGAAACACAUGGCCAGGUUUAUUUUAAGAAUAUUACCUAUAGAAGUGUCAUGCUAUGCAUCAGAAGAAGAGAUUUCAAGAGCAAUUAAACCUUUAAUUGCUCAAUACUUUCCCAAGGAAACAGAAACACCAUAUAAGUUUGCAGUGUUAUGUGAGGCGCGUGCAAAUAGUGGUUUUGAGAAAAUGAAAAUUAUCGAUGCGGUUGCAAAAUCGGUUCCUGAACCCCACAAAGUUGAUCUCACCAAUCCCGAAAAGACAAUUGUAGUUCAAAUUGCUAAGACUGUGUGCUGUAUUGGCGUGGUAGAGAAGUACAAGGAAUUGGCAAAAUACAAUUUGAGACAGCUGACGUCAUCAUCCAAACAAUAAGCUCCGACUUAGGGUGUAUAUGAUGGAUAUUAUGCGGAUAAAUGUCAUCAUGUUUUUGUUUUAUGUUUGAAUCUCGUCAUCAUGAGUCAUGACUUCCUUCACCUUGGUUUUAUCUCGC